GUGGGACUAGGAAAACGUUCAGUAAUAUUCAAGAGUUUCUUGAUAACAUACAACAGCACAAACUUAAUUGGUUACCAAGCAAUUUUCUAGUAAAAUGCUAAGAGUGUACCCUUUGGAGCGCACCCCCGGCAUACGGCAGUAACGGCAGCCGCACCGCACAGUAGGAGGGUGGGGGUGGUCGAGGUCACCAUGGUGACGUCGAGGUAGUGAGGGCAGCGCAGGCCCAGGUGCUGCGGGUGCGAGCCGCGCUCAUGGCGGCCAAGAAGGGCGGGGCGGUCGCUCUUCAGCAGGACGUGGUUACAGACGAGGAAUGGGAGGUGCUUCUCCGCCGUCCUGGACUGCUUCUGGUGGACGUGUACUCCGAGUGGUGCGGCCCCUGCGUCGGAAUGCUGGCCAAUCUCAAAAAGAUCAAGGUUGAGCUGGGCGGGGACCUCCUGGUGCUGGCCACGGCCAAGUCCGACACCAUCGAGGCCCUCCUGCGCCACCGCAACCACUCGGAGCCCGUCUGGAUGCUCAUCUCUGGGGGAAGGCUCAUCAACCUAAUCUUUGGGGCGGAUGCUCCGCGCAUUGCGCGCCUAAUCGCCACGGAACUGGACAAUGAAGUAAAGCUGCAGAAGGGCGACGAGUGCGCCCGCCACUACAUGUCCUGGGACGAGCUGACCCCGGAGGAGGAGGCGCGGCUGCAGCGCGCCGAGCAGAAGCGCCUCCAGGCGCUGCGGGAGGAGGAGGAGCGCCGCGCCCGCGCGCAGCACCAGCAGCGCGUCGACAACUACACCAAGCUCGCCCUCAAGCUCAACAGGUUCUCGGUGGUGCUGCUGCUGCCGCACGCCGUGCCGCCGGCCGGCGCGGAGCCCGACGCCGACGCGGACCCCGGCGUACUCGGGCCGCUGCGGAACGCUUGGGCGGCGCUGGGCCUCGAGGAGCGCCGGCGCCAGAGCAUCGCCGUGUCGGCGGACAUGGCCAACGACGUGUUCUUCGAGCGCAAGCUGCCGCAGCACGAGGAGCUGCUCAAGGCCAUGGCCAGCGGGCCGUGCCUCGCCAUCCUGCUGCACAAGCCGCCCACGGAAGUGGAGGUGUUCCCCGACGUGGAGGGCGGCGACGCGGAGGGCGCAGAGCCAGCCGAGGGCGAGGAUGCCGCGCAGCCACCGGAGGCCGAUCAGGAGGCUCCGGGCGGCGAGGACGCCCCGCCGGAUGACCCGGACGCCGAGGCGGCCGGCGCGCAGCCCCAGCCGCAGCGAAUCCUGGUGGAGCCCGAGCUGGGCGAGAUCGAAGCCCUGGCGGCCCAGUCGCUGUACGGCUUCUACCCGGCGCAGGAGUCCGCCUCGGGCCAGCCCCCGCAACAGCAACAGGAGCAGCAGGACCAGGACCAGGACCAGGCACCGCCUCCCGCGCCACCGCAGGACACCGGCGACGCGGCCCAGUGGACGCGCUUCCAGCCCGCGGCCGACAGCCCCGCCGCGGCCUGCCUCCGCUCCGGCUCUGGCCCCGCGCUGCCCGGCCUGUGGACGCCCCUCACCCCCAUCACCAAGGCCGCCACCAUGCAGACCCUGUUCCCAGACGACACGGACCUGCUGACAAGGCCGCCGCCCCCGCCCUCGCUGCUGCCACCCUCCCUGGUGCACGUGUUUCCCAGCGCUCGCUGCAAGGACGUCAUGGCGGCCGCGGCUCUGCACGACGGCGCGGUGACGGGGAGCGGCUUCUUCUCGGAGCAGCGCGAGGCCCUGGCGGUGGAUGAGGCCGAGUUCGAGGCGCUCCAGAGGGAGAAAGAGGGCACUGACGUCUUUGUAGUGGCCGUCAGCGUGGAGGCCGUGGCCGCCGCCGACGCCCUGGCCGCCUUGCAGCCCUUGGCUGUCAGCGCCUCGCCAGAAGAGGGUCUUGCCGACUGCGACGCGUACUUCCCCGGACCGACCCAAGAGGACGAAGACGAGGAGGACAUAGAUGAUGCCAAUCUCCUUGGGUAGAGACUGUUGCUGAGGAUUCGUGUCUGUCUGUUUGUCCGUCUGUCUAGACGGGAUUAUUUUAAAUUAAAUGAACACAUUCAACGAGGUGGUAAAA